GCGCCGGAUGCCAUGCAGCGGGACGAUGGAAGAUUUGUGCUCUACUAUUCCGGAGAAUUAAAGGACUGGAAGCGACACCACUGCGUUGGCGUUGCUGUCACGAACAACACAAGCCCCCUGGGUCCCUAUGUGCCACAGAAUACUCCCCUGGUCUGCCCCUUAGACCAAGGCGGUGCCAUUGACCCCUCUCCGUUUAAAGACAUCGAUGGAAAGCUUUAUAUCGUCUACAAAGUCGACGGAAAUAGCAUUGGAAAUGGCGGAAGGUGCAACAACAGUAAACCACCCUUCAAAUCUGUCCCCAUCAUGCUGCAAGAACUCGAAAAAAACGGUACUACUCCUAUUGGAGAUCCGGUGCAGAUUUUCGAACAUGAUGACGACGAGGAUGGCGAGCUGGUCGAGUCCCCCAAUCUCAUCCGGACGGCGAAGGGCAUCUACUACCUAUUCUACUCUUCCCAUUGCUUCAUAUCGCCCGAGUACGAUGUCAAGUAUGCCACAUCGCCUUUCCUCCGCGGCCCUUAUACCAGGGCUAAAAGAGAGUUUCUCAGGACAGGCGAUUUCGAUCUCGAUGGCCCUGGAGGCGCCACUGUAUCCCAGGAUGGGACCAAGAUGGUUUUCCAUGCGAAUUGCGACCAUGAGCGAUGCAUGUAUGUGGCAGGAAUCCACAUCAACUCGACUGCAUUGAAUGUUACCUUGACCUCUUUAUGAUCAUGGUGCUAAGAUGUAUGAGUUCGUAUGAUUAGAAGCGAAGAUACCUUGUUCCGUGAAGACAUCUAGUAUCUAGAUAAAGAAGUCAGCCAAUAAUAAUGUGCAUAGAUGACGCCAUACCACGCAGCGGCAUCGGCCUCCAAUCUGUCACCGCC